AUGUCUGCUCGAAGAAAUGGACCACCUAAAGAGUAUCCUGACCCAUUAUCAGCUGAUGGCUGGAGAAUAACAUCUUCAAGAAAACUCCCCACAAAGCGGUCACUUGGAAAGGAAACUUAUGGCAGCAUUUACCAAGAAAAGCUGGUCCAGGAUCUUGCAGACACUGUACAAGGAGUAGAAACACAGACCGAAUGUCCAUGGACAUCACCUUUGGAUAUGUUUUCAUUUACCGCUCAGAAUGCUUCCCUAAAAGAACAAUUGUCACAAAAAGAAGUCCAAGUUGAAGAAUUACAGUCUGCACUUUCAUCAAAGUGUUGUGAAAUUCAGAUUUUAAAGCAACUGGUGGGAAUAUAAACAAACUUUAAAUGUCGAUAUAUUUCUGCUCAAAGAAGCAAGAGUUAAAAUUUGUUUAAAUAUUAUACAGGAAUCAUAUGA